AUAAUUUAAUAAAUUUUACCGACGUUUCCUUUAUCUUAAAACUCAUGGGGGCGUUAAAGGGACUAUUUACCCAGUUGGUCCGUGUGUUCCAGUACGCAUCCAUUGACCGGACGCUCUCUGCUGCCAUUCCGUCGGCGACCGGCGAUCGAUAAUUAGUUUCAGCAGUUCGUUGGAUAAUUCAUUAUUAGAGAUUAAACUAGUUGGAAAUUUACUGUUCAAUUUCAGCAGUUCCUUGGAUAAUUAGGAUUUGACAGCCACCAUUUUGGACGUGUGGUUAGGAUGUCGUUCAUGAAAGGUGAUUUGCUAAACAGAACGAGAAGGCUUGUCAAAGGUUUAGCCAAGGCUGAACCUCUCUGGCUCAAAGCAAUGGAGGAGGCACCACCUGCAACAUUUCCUCGUGCUGAGAACAAACUGCAACCCAUCAGUCUACCCGAGGAUGUCUACGUCAAGAAGUUCUUCCAGAAGCACCCAGAGUCUAAACACGAGGACACUAUUAAAAUUUCUGGAUUUGAUCCUCCUCCAGCCAGAGUUUUCGGGUGGCGAGUGCUCGAGUUAAAGGAGCAGGGGGUCAAUGAAGAGGAAGCUAUUGCUGUUGCUGAUAUGGAAUAUCGAGCUGAAAAGAAAGGGAAAAAGAAAGCAUAUUCUCGAUUGAAGAAGAUUGCUCGACUUCAAGGGAGGAAACCACCUCCCAAUCCAUAUCCAAGUGCUAUCAAGGAGAUACAAGCUGAAGAAAGGCCGUUUGUGCGUGAUCGUUUCUAUAACCGAGAUAUUCUUAAAAUUGUGGAGAAACUGAAAGAGGAGAGGCAAGCGGAGUUGCAAGACAGACGUGGAGGGGGCUGGUAAAUGGACAUGGUCUUUUUCUAAUAGUUUUUCUUUUCGCCUUUUUGAUGCUGAAAUUGUUUAUCUUUGACAUGUUUAGAUCUUUGUCCAAGUGGUUAUACUUGGUAAUGUUAUGAUAUCCUUUUCUCAUGUACUAGAAAAAACUCCACUUCUGGUUUACGUAGUAGACUUGGAGUUCAUAUUCCAAUGAAAUUUGGAAAAUAAGUGAGUAUUAUCUCUUGCCAAUGUUAGACAAGCUUUGCAAGUAUCGUUUUGUUUUCGACA